AUGGAGAUGGAAGCUCAGAUAAAGUUGAAGAACUUUGAAGUAGCUCGUUUGUGGGAUAGGCUUUGUUAUUAUAAAGCCGUGAACCAAGAGAUGUCCCAGAGGAACCAAGAAGUUGUAGAGGAGACGAGGCGACUUAGGCAAAUAAGGAAGAGAAGACAGAAAUGGAUUUGGGGUUCUAUUGCCACUGCAGUUACACUUGGUUCUGCUGUCUUUGCCUACUCUUAUUUACACAGUGGAAAAACAUCCGAAAUUCCGUUGCAUACAACUGUGUCAGACAAUUCUGUGACACAGAAUAGUGAUACAUAA